AAAGAGGGAUAAAGUCGAGCAGAUACAGAAGAUCCCCCACAGGAUGAUCGCUCCAAUGUACAGCACGGGGAUCUGCAGCGCUGUUUCUGAGGAACAGGGAGCGGCCAGGCUCCUCACGAACCGGCUCCGCCAGCGCUGCGGAGGGCAGAGGGCUUUUAUUUUGAAGAAUAUCCAGGCGGAAGUGGGAUGUUAGCAUCGUUACCUGGUUUGAAAGCGGCAGCUUGUUCAGGUUUUCAGGGUUUUGUUGUGAAUUUAAGCCGCUCGGCUGUUUCUCGCAUCACCGCGCCCUCCAGUCCGCGCUAAGUCCGCCCUCGGCGAGUCAGGGAGUCGGUCGAUAAGCCCUGCCGCAGGAUCAUGGCGAGUGUCGUGGGCUUUCAGACGCAGAUCGCCUCCGUCAUGGAGGUGUUCGCCAACGCCGCCGUGGCGGAGAUCUGCAAGCUGGUGGAGAUGAACUACAGCCACCUACAGAUGGAGAUACUGAAGAGCCAGAAGGAGAACAAUGUCCUCAAACGAAAGCUGAAGAUGAUCGAAAUCCGCGAGGCGUUCUAUAAAAGAGCCCAUAAACUGAAAAGUCCCGACGCGAAAGUGUCCGGGCGAAUGGUCCGCGUAAAGAUUAGACCUUUGGAUAACCAGCACUCCAGUGAAGGUGUGGAGACUCCCAGAGUACCAGAGGCUUUAGCUCCAUCUUCUACGCAGGAGCAACCUUUAGUAGAGAGCGUGGAGGAUGCAGAGCCCGAUGUUCUCAUCAUUAAGGAAGAGAGAGUAGACAACACAAGAAGGAAAGACUCUGAGCUGGAACAGAGCCUGGGAGAUGAACAAAAAAAACAGUACAGUGGUUCUGAGGACAGAGAGAACUUCCUGCCGCAGAACACCGUCCAGAUGUGUCAACAAGAGUGUGAUGAAGGACAUGAUUUCCUCAAAGAAGAAGAUGUGGAGCAGCAUGCUGCAGAAGAUGGCAGAGACUUGCAGGGAAUCAAUGGUAAUCCUCCUAAGGAGAGAUGUUCUGACGCAGAACCUGAAGCUGACCUGCAUUCUGCUGCUAAUGCUUCAUGGGACAGCACCCGGUUUGACCCAUCCAGCCACAGCCUCUCCUAUCCGGGACGAGACUGCAGCGUAGGGACCUCCAUGAAUGAGUACUACAUACAUCCAGGCACAGGAGAGACUCUCUGUCAUUUUGAAACACAGAUGAGCUUAAACAAUUCAUCUCUUCCUGAUGUGGAUGGUCAUUUAGCUCACAGUGAAGAGACUGGAGCUGAUGGAAUGGUUUCUCAAACUGAGGUGCCUUCAUUCAAACCAGGAUUUGCCCCGCACAUGAUGAAAGAGAGGUUUGGGUGUAAGUACUGUGGAAAACCCUUCCCUAACACCAGUGCACUCAUUUUACACCAGAGAGUUCACACUGGGGAGAAGCCUUAUUACUGUACACUCUGCGGUAAAAGAUUUAGUCAGUCUUCAAGUCUGAAGAAACAUCACAGCAUUCACUUGGGGGAGAAGCCUUUCAGGUGCGUCCACUGUGGCAAACAGUUCUCAGACCAGAGCAACCUGAGGAAGCAUGUGAAUGUUCACACGGGUGAGAAACCAUAUGGCUGCAGCCAGUGUGGAAAGACCUUCAAUCAGUCAUCCAACCUCAAAACACACAUGAAGAUCCACACACGUGAGAAACCUUUCGGGUGUGAAAGAUGUGGACAGAUAUUUGCCUACAAGAAUAGCUUAGUGAAACAUCAACAGAAGAACUGUAUGGUUCAGCAAAGUCAGGUUGGACAGUUCUACACUCCAGAUCAUUAGCAGAACAGGUUCUCCACUAACUCUGAAUGGAUGCAAGUUGUGCUACGCAGGCCAGAUUUAAGGAAAGAUUUAAACACCACUUGAAGGCUGGGACACCAUGAAGUAUUACAUGUUUAGAAUUUUACACCCCAUCUGAGCCAAACACUUAAAGGGGACCUCCAUCUAUUUACUCCAUUUAUCAUAGUUCAUUGGUUGCGCUGUAAACAAAUUCAUUCAGAGUGGUUUGAUGUGAAAUAGUUCUUUGUAGAGAAACUUACUGACUUGGAUUUCUUUACAGUGGUGGUGAUGGGCACCAGGGAUCAUAAUGUCUACAAUACAAAUAUAGCCAUUUUAUUUACUAUCCAAAACUACCAGAGAACCAACAUGUAUCUUCUGAGUUUUUAUGUAUGAUGUUGAUAAUAAAUCUCAAAAAAGGGUUUUA